CACAACUGCAAGCAUGUAGUAACUGAAAGCUAGAUAUAUACUGCGGCUUACACUCUAGUUUCUAGAAAUUAAUGUUUCAUUUUUAUGCACUCUGCUUGAAAUAUCUGUAUAGUUCUAGAUAUGCAAAAACAUAUUUGUAUUUUUCUGCUUAUGCUUGUAUACACUCAGACUCAAGAACAGCAUUUAUUAUGCAGCUCACCAGAAUUGGAUGUGUGGUACUCUUUUUGCGAUGAAAAAAUUCAUCAGGUGUCAGUCGAAUUUACACCAUGCAGGUUAAGCAACCAGGCACAUCAUAAUAUAACAUUGUCCUGGAUUCCAAGAUAUGAUUUAAUAACAGUUAUUGCAAAAAUCCGUUACAAGCUCGAUGGAUAUACCACAAGAGAGCAGUCUAUAAUUCUUUGUGAUGGAACUGAGAAUAGUGAAUAUGCGUUUUGUGGUACGUUAAAGGGAGAGUCAGUCACGUGUAAACUUCCUGUCACGUCAAGACUCCAAGAAUUUGACAAGGGUCUAUUGGCCAAUGUCAUUGUACAGCUGGAAACUGGAACAGAACAUGAACUGGCAAUAUGCAUGGACCUAAAACUUCAUUUCAAGAUUUAGUACAAUAUAUUUCUACAAAAACAUCUUUGAAUAUUCUUAUGCUGUAUGCAGUCACGGAAGAUAUGCAGUGGCAGUCCAGAAAAAGGCCUUCAGAUUCUAAUGUGAUCUGUGUAAUCAUGGGAGAUAUGCGGUCCUUAAGACUGAUUUAUUCUAUACAGUAUACCUGGCAAAAAUAAUAAACUAGCUUCUUAAAAUUA